GAAGAAACAUCAAAAUUUCAUGACUUGGUUUUUCCUCGUACACCAGUUACUUAUUUCCCAUCUGAAAGUCUGGAAAAUGGUCCCUGAUUAGCAGUAGGGAGAGGAAAUAUCCUAAGAGUCUUAUUCUCAUGCCAGCGAUGCCCUGAUUCACAUUCAACACUUCUCUGCCCACCUGACCCACAAUGAAUGAGACAUCAAACUAGAAUGCAGCUGUAUCCCCCUAAGUCACCAAAAGGAAUGUGGCUUAUUAUCACCCAAAGGCAGACAUGUUGGGCUGUGCAACAUGAGACACACAUACAUGAUCUAAAUGCAUAAAUCACAUGACAGCUUUCUUUAAGGAAGAUGAAGCAAGAAAGACACAUAAGAGAUGAUCCAGGAAGAGCUGAAGUGAGGAAUCCUAACCCAUCAGGAAAAGGAAAUAUUGUUUUCCAUCCAUCUUGAAAGGUUAGCCAAGAAAACAAACCUGGCUAAUUUCCUAAUCACCUGUUAAUUAGGACAAACAGGACAAGGAAAGAGCACAGCUUCUGAUGACAGCAGCCCUUAGCAGGGUAUAAAAGGGGACCUGGGGCAAGCAGACUUCCAAACCUUCCAACCCACCUUCCUGAAAACUCACUCCGAACCUCCACCCUCUGACACCAUGGUCAACUCCUGUUGUGGAUCCGUCUGCUCUGACCAGAGCUGUGGCCAAGGCUGCUGCCAGGAGACCUGCUGCCGCCCCAGCUGCUGCCAGACCACCUGCUGCAGGCCCUCCUGCUGUGUGUCCAGCUGCUGCCGCCCCUGCUGUGGCUCCAGCUGUUGCCGCCCCUGCUGUGGUUCCAGCUGCUGCCGCCCCUGCUGUGGCUCCAGCUGCUGCCGCCCCUGCUGUGGCUCCAGCUGCUGCCGCCCCUGCUGUGGCUCCAGCUGCUGCAGGCCUACCUGCUGCAUCUCUAGCUGUUGCCGCCCCACCUGCUGCCAGACCACCUGCUGCCGCCGCCCCAGCUGCUGUGUGUCCAGCUGCUGCCGCCCCUCCUGCUGUGGCUCCUGCUGUGGCUCCAGCUGCUGCCGCCCUUCCUGCUAUGGCUCCUGCUGUGGCUCCAGCUGCUGCCGCCCCAGCUGCUGUGUGUCGAGCUGCUGCCGCCCUAGCUGCUGCCAGACCCUCUGUUGCAAGACCACCUGCUGCCGCCCCACCUGCUGCCAGACCACCUGCUGCCGCCCAGUCUGCUGACUUCCCUGAACUGUGCCCACUGGUUUUCGUCAGCCAAUCUUCUUGAUGUAGUUUAACUGAACUGAGUCAUGAGAGGCCAAUUGUUAAAACUUAGUUCCAACUGAUUCUUAAACUGACUUUGGCCUCCAAAUAUAUUGCCCCCCGCCCCCCCCCCGCCCAAGAGCAUGUUACUACCUUUCUCUGAAAUGAACACAAAGUUUGAAUUUUCUCUGAAAUCUUUCAACCAACAUGUUAUCCCUAUUGAUAUAUUUCUUCCCGGCCAUCUUUUCUCAAAUGGAGAUGCCCCUAAAUCUUAAAUAAAUCUGAAUUUCCCAGGCAUACAAAUACAAGAGUAUCAUGUCUGGUCAUU